AUGGCAACCAUCCUUUUUCAUCUCGUGUGUACAUAUAGAGGAUUUCUCUCUGUCUUUUUUCACUCUCACAUUUCUUUCUCUCUCUCUCUCUUAUUUCUUUGUUUCUUUCUCUUUCUCAUUUGUUUUUCUCCCUCCCAUUUUGUCCUCUAUCUUUCAUUUCUUUAUUUCUCACUCUCAUUUCUUCCUCUCUCUCUUAUUUCUUUCUCUCUCUCUUUCUCAUUUCUUUAUUUCUAUCUCUCUCUCUCAUUUCUUUAUUUCUCUCUCAUUUCUUUAUUUCUAUCUCUCUAUCUCUCUCUCAUUUCUUUAUUUCUAUCUCUCUCUCUAUCUCUCUCUCAUUUCUUUAUUUCUAUCUCUCUCAUUUCUUUAUUUCUCUCUCAUUUCUUUAUUUCUAUCUCAUUUCUUUAUUUCUCUCUCAUUUCUUUAUUUCUAUCUCUCUCUCUAUCUCUCUCUCAUUUCUUUAUUUCUAUCUCUCUCUCUAUCUCUCUCUCAUUUCUUUAUUUCUAUCUCUCUCAUUUCUUUAUUUCUCUCUCAUUUCUUUAUUUCUAUCUCUCUCUCUCUCUCUCUCUCAUUUCUUUAUUUCUAUCUCUCUCUCUAUCUCUCUCUCAUUUCUUUAUUUCUAUCUCUCUCUCUAUUUCUCUCCCAUUUCUUUUUUCUAUCUCUCUCAUUUUUUAUUUCUCUCAUUUCUUUUAUUUAUCUAUUCUCUAUCUCUCUCUCAUUUCUUUAUUUCUAUCUCUCUCUCUAUCUCUCUCUCAUUUCUUUAUUUCUAUCUCUCUCUCUCUCUAUCUGAUUUCUUUAUUUCUAUCUCUCUCUCUCUCUAUCUGA